UAAAGCGGCGGAAUAUUCUUGACCGAUAAAAACAUCGAUCGCGUUAGGAUCACGACGUAAUAUAAUCAAUUGAGUAAAGGGUUGAAAGAUAGACCGUGACUCGAGCGCACUUAAGAAAAAAAAAGAAAAAAGAACGACAGGGAGAAUGAAAAGAAGAGAGAAAGAAAGGGAAACAAAAGGAAAGAGAUAUAAUCUCACCCAUUGAUAAGGCGAUCGUUGUUGCUGCUGUUGCUGUUGUUGCGAAUGAUAAUAAUCUUCGGCCAUGACGUUAUCUGGACUUUGUAUCGGUGUGGAGGUUAUACCAAGCUUUUCGGCCUUGAUCUUUCGUGUUCUCUUCUUCCGCGUCUGUUUUAAAUCGCUCAACAAUCUAUCGACUUCGCCAUUGUCUCUGCUUCUUGCGGCCCUUAUUAUUUUAAUAAGCAGCUCUUUCUGUGGAUAAACGAUCGGUUGAUCGUUCAAAGCUCGAUUUAAUGUCACAAGAAAAUUAUCGAAGAUCGAAUAUUACACCGGUCUUCUUCAAACGUCGCGAAAAAACUCAUCGAUAUCGAGAAGAAAAAUUUCUUCCCUUUUACUUAAUAUUAGAAAAUCGAGAUAAUGUAUGAGAUCGGUCGAAAAUAAUUUAAUUACCUUUAUGUUGCCUGGCACUCGAUAUUUCACAGCCAAUGCUUGCAAUUCCUUGUAUGACAAUCUUGAGAUAUCGUUGCCGUUCAUUUUCAAAUACCGGGACUCGAGAGAUUUUAGCCAUGUAACCGCGCGAUCUUCUACGGAUUACGGAUGUAACAGGUACACAAAUAGUUGGUAAGAAUCGUCUGCUACCGGAAAACGCGCAUCAAUUCUCUCGAAUAUUUUCGAUUUCCUAUCUUAGAAGAAAGUACUCAUACUUAUUUAUAUGUGUCGUAUCUCUCACGAUUUCUUCCGUGGUUUAUGCGACGAAAACGAGAUUUAAAUUUUCUUCGUUUGUAUUGUUGAUCGAUCGAGUUCCUCGUACAAUGAUAUAAUAUAUAUAUCGUUAUAUUUUAUGUUUAUUGUAGUUUAUUACGAAGGAAAAUAUAUUUUAAGCUUUCUUUUCAGAUAUUCAAUAAGGAUCAAAAGAAACUUUUCAUUAUUUCAUUGAUUGAAUCUGGGAAGAUUAAAGGAGACUAAAUAUUACGGUUAUUUUCAUUUUCCAUUAAUAAUAUCAUCAUAUAUUCGUAAUAAACUGAGUAAAUCAAUUUGUUUUUUUGGAUUAAUUCGAUAGAUACAAAGAAAAAUCCAUUUAAUUUUUAUCUUUUCUCAAGCGAUUAAUAUUAGUCAGACAAAUAUUGAAUUUUUUUGAAAAAGUAAGAAAGAAAGAAAAAAGAAAAAGAAAAGAAUAAACGAAAAGAAAAUAAAAAAAGAAACAUAAAAUAAGAAAAAGAAUUAUUAAAUUCGAUGUAUCAAUAAAUCGACUUUAUCGAUAAAAAGGUACAUACGAAGUUUCUUGUGAACGAAGAUAAAACGUAUAAAAGGGAUGAAACGUAACUGUAAGAAGAAGAAGAAAAAGAAGAAGAAAAAGAAGAAGAAGAAGAAGAAGAAAAAGAAAAAGAAGUAGAAAAAAGAAAAGAAAAAAAUAAAAAACAUAAAAAAAUAAAGAAAAAGUAGCGUAUGUUAUCGGUGUGACGGCUGUCACAUAUAUGAAACACAUAUGAAUGUAUAUGUUGACCUAUACUGGGUUGGCCCAACGAGGUGCUAAAGAAAGAGGGAAACUGACUUGCGCGAGAGGUAGGACUGCGCUUUCCGGUAUUCGUGCGUCGAACGGAUCGAGAGAGAGAGAGGCAUCAGUGGAGGAAAACAGGGCGGACGUGUUGCAUCGUUGUCGCGCGUCCGUAGAAGACAAGUGAGAACGAGGGGGACGAUCGAACGAGAGGGUUGGCCACGACGAACGAUUCGCGAACAAUAAAUUCUCUGAACCUGUUUGCAAGAAGGAAGGAGAGAACAAAAGAAAGAAAGAAAGAAAGAAAGGAAAAGAAAUUAAAGAGAAGAGAACGACAAAAUAUUAUCAAAGAUAUAGACGAUAAUCGAUUAUUUAACGAGAGAGGAAGAGGGAGCUCUUCGUUAUCUAUUUGUCUCUUUCUCUCUCUCUCUCUCUCUCUCUUUUUCUCUCUCUUCCUUCGUAUCUCUAUCUUUCUUUCUCUCUUCGGUGAGCGAUCGGUUCGCCGAUCUACAUACGUUCUACCGGAUACGGCCAAUGAAGGCACGUAAGAGCCGCGAGAAACGUAAGUUCACCAAUCUUAGGGCCAAGAUCGUCCGUAAUCCGUGGUGCGUUAUCAGCGUGGUGCGCGAUCGCAGCUAGGACAUUCGACGAUGUCUCUCCUCCUUGAUGAUCGUCCUCGAGAAGCCGCGGACUGCAAACGUAAUUCGCCGAGGUGCAUCAGCGCCAAGAGUCGAUGGAGAUGCAGCGCCAAGAGGGAGAACUUGAAGAACUCGGGGGCGUUUUAGGGGGUUCUGGAGGCGGGACCUUAACCUUGGGGGGACGUCACAAGCCCGAGGAAUUGGCAACCUUAGCAGCUAACACGAGAUUUUCAAGAAAGGAGAUACAAUUGAUUUAUCGUGGAUUUAAGCAAGAGUGUCCUUCCGGAUUGGUCGACGAGGAAGCUUUCAAACAAAUCUUUUCGCAAUUUUUUCCACAGGGAGAUGCCAGCCAGUAUGCUCAUUACGUGUUCAACACUAUGAAGAGGAAACAUUCCGGUAAAAUAAGUUUCGAGGAGUUCCUGACGAUUCUAUCAAAAGUAUCUCGAGGAUCGGUGGAAGAAAAGUUACAGUGGGUUUUCGGAUUAUAUGAUCUAGAUGGCGAUGGAUUAAUCAGCAAGGAAGAAAUGUUGGACGUCGUUGGAUCCAUUUAUGAAAUGCUGGGUCGUUAUACUCAACCACAAAUAGUCGAGCCGCAUUUGGCUGCACGCGAACACGUCGAUCGUAUAUUCCAUCUAAUGGAUGCGAACAAGGACGGCGUUGUAACUAUCGAGGAAUUGGUGCAAUGGUGUUCUAAGGACGAGCAAUUAUUACGAAGUCUCGACACUCUUGACACAGUAUUGUGAGAGUUUAACGUUACUUUCGUAUCUUUUCCAUUAAGUUAUCAAAAGCUUUUUCAUUUUCUUCCGCGAUCGAUAACGUACAGCGUAUAAAAGAGUUUCAUGAGUUCCAUUUAUGGAGGACGACCGUUCUAUAUUAAAUUCCGAUAAUAUUGUAUCUUCGAAUCUCUUUCUCACUAUUUCGAUAUAUUAUGAAAAAAAAAGAAAGAAAACAAAGAGAAAAAAGAAUGGUGAUUUUUCACAAUACAUGCAUAAAGAAUAGAUAGUGUAAUAGAAGAUUAUGCUUAGAAAAAAAUGUAUAUUUCGAGUUAACAGGGAUAGCAUAAAAACAGGAUCGUGUCGUAUAAACCUUAAAGGCAAUCAAAUCAUGGAUUUUUAAUGUUUCAAAAUAGUCACUGGUAUAGAAAUAUAGAAUGGUACGUCUCCUGGAAAUGACACUAUGAAAACUAUUUCAAUACGCGUUUGUAAAUAUGUAUGUACCUACCCUACCUACCCAGUCUUUCAACCGUGCCACGUCAGAGUACGAUAAUUGACAUUAUCGAAACUUUCAGCGGACAUCGUUCAAAUAGCGUGUCACACACUUAUAACUUUAUUAAAAUAUAGGAACUAUAUUUUACUCUAACGUAACUUCCACGAUUCAUGAUUACCGAUGAAAAUUUAGGUAGACGAAUUUCUUAAAAUUUUACUUUAAUUAUAUCGAUCGAUCGAUAUAUCGUAUACUUUAUUUCUUAAUUAAUUAUAAUCAAUCGAAAUAUAUCUUUAACGCUUUUUCUAAUUUUCAUCAAGUUCGACGUAAUUUAUUCUUUAGCUUUCUACACAUCGAUUUACAAACGAUUUUUAUACUUUUUCAUAAAUUUUAACUUAUAUUUAAAGCUUUGAAAUGGCUGUUCCAAUGCAUAACCGUGACAGAAAAAUGCCAAAAAAAUAAAAUAAAAAAAGAAAAAAAAAAGAAAGAAAAGAAACGCGAACGGAUUUUGAUAUUAAAAACGUCAAAAGUGGAAGUACGUGAUAUCAAAGAGCUGAUUUCGCCGAAGAUAAUCUUAGAAAUUAAUAAUGGUGAAACUACAACAAAAUGAAUAAAAGGAAAUUAGAUUUUUUCGAUGCAACAAUUUUUCCUGGGGCCUUUUAAAUGCUAGUUAUGCUCGUUAAAAUGAAAAAGAAAAAAAGAAAAAAACGUCUUUAUUCGUAUUUUAAAAUGAAAUCUUAGAGAAAUUCUCCGUGACCAUCUUUAAACGGAUUUUAAACAACAUUCCUCACUUAUAAGUGAUUUUAUCCAAAAUUAUAAACCUAUUAGCGGGCAUAUGUGUCUUAUCCAAAGGAUAAAGUGAAGAAAAAAAAUGAGAGACAUCCCAACGGAGACAUCGUCAUAAUGUGACUAAAAUCUCUUUAUCAUUCCGAAUGAAACCCGAAUGAAUUUCGAAUGAAAUUCGUAUUAACGUAAUUGCUAUCUGAUUACGUUGGGUGUCUCACGUUGAAAUUUGCAAUAUGAAUGAAUAUUGUAUAGUACCUUGGUAGUCUCGACCAAAUAAAUGAAGCGUUAGCUAAUACAAGCUAACGCCUCGUGUGAUUCUCCUGUACCUUAUUUAUUUACUUACAGAUUUUAAAAUACUAUCUAUCGAUAUUAUGACGAUGUUUAUUAUAUCAACGUUAGUAGGUGUAUCGAUAACAUGACGUAUGUAUAGCAUAUUGUUCGAAAUUGGUUUCAUUAGAAUUAAUGAAGAAUUUCUUUUCUUCACAGCUUUCUUUUAUUCGAAAAAUACUUCGUUGUUGUUCAGUUAACAAUUAAUAUUUAAAAUAUUUAAGAGUGUGAAGAAAAGAAAGCUCUUUUUCCUUUAAUGAAAUCAAUUAGCAACAAUGUGCAUAGUACAUUCGAUUUGUGAAAUAACGCGAUACAUCAAAUAUCAAUAUAAUAUGUCAAUCGUCAAAUAUGUUGAAAAAAAGUUAAAUAAGUUUAUAAGAAAAAAAAUUCUAUAUGCGAUAUAUUCGAUAUGCAGGGUAUAUUACGUACUUUUCAUAUUUUUCUGCUGAAUGAAUUAAUAAGAGAUUCUUUAUGAAAUUAAUUCGAAUCUAUAUACAUGUAUCAAUUUUUAAUAGCUUUUCUUAUA